CAAGAAAAACUUACUUUUCAGUCAAGAUGUGAGUAUCUGUUCAUAGAAUUCAUGUGCAAUUUUCACAGAUAUUCAAAGCUGUCUGGGUUUGGACAAGUGAGGAUAAAGCUUCCGUUGGAUGUUCUUCUUUUGCAAAAUGAGGAUGAAAAGGAUAGGAACAUAUCUGAUUCUAAUCGUGGCCCCGUGCCUGAUAGUGAUCCUUCUCUGGACCAGCCAACAUCCUCCCCCUCCACCCUCCAACGAUGUUCAGCUCCUCACUCAAGACCAACUGAGUCCCAAUAUGCCACCCGCCGUCUCGAGACGUAGCCUCCACCUCUGGCCCCCAUGCCAUCGGAACCGGUCCAUGGUCAACAUCACUGGCUUCUCCGACCUCCCUGUGCGCCUCCAGAACUUCCUGUCUUACCGGCACUGUAAACACUUUCCCUUGAUACUCGACCUUCCCCACAAAUGUGGAGUGACAGAUGGAUCAGACAUUUUCCUUCUGCUGGUCAUCAAGUCCCAACCAGAGAACUACGAGCGGAGACAAGCCCUCCGGGCGACCUGGGCUGAGGAGCGGAAACACAACGGGGCCUGGAUCCGCAGGGUCUUCAUCUCGGGGACAUCGGGUGCUAACUUGCAGAAGCAGAGGAUGAACCAGCUCAUGGAGGUGGAGAACAGGAACUAUGGUGACAUUCUCCAAUGGGACUUUGAGGAGUCCUUCUUGAACUUGACCCUGAAGCAAGUCCUGUUCCUUGAGUGGCUGGAGGACCGCUGUCCCCGGGCCCACUUCCUGCUCAACGGUGACGACGACAUCUUUGCCCACACAGACAACAUGGUGGAAUACCUCCAGGGUGUCAACGGAAGCCUUGACAGUGACGAGCACCUCUUUGUGGGAAGCCUUAUGGAAGGCACUGGGCCUGUUCGAGAACCAAACAAGUACUUUGUUCCCGUUCAGGUGCAGGAAUCGGACACCUACCCUGCGUACUGUAGCGGGGGAGGCUACCUGCUGUCCCGCCACACGGCCAAGGUGCUAUUCGAGAUGUCCAAGUCGGUUGCUCUGCAUCCCAUCGACGAUGCGUACAUGGGGAUGUGCCUGGCCAGGGCAGGACUCAAACCCUCCUCCCAUGUGGGCGUGAAUCCCGGAGGACUUCGCCUCCCACCGAAAGUGGACCCUUAUGACCCGUGUUUCUUCAAGGAGGUUCUGAUGGUGCACCGCUUUCAGCCGCACCAGAUGUUCGUCUUGUGGGACCAAGUUCAUGAUCCUAGACUGAAGUGUUAAACUGUACAACUGAACUGAACUCUGCUGGGCCGUCAGAAAAGGAUGACAAUACAUGGGAUGACAAGAAUUGGGAAGGUGUGUGUCUAGGUAUGUGUGUGGGAGCUUGCAUGUAUGUUUAUAAAUGUCUCUCAUAUUGGUGUACACUGUUCCCCUAUAUUCUUGUUCAUGAGUGGUAGUUUGCGCCAAAAAGAACACAACAUAGUAAGUAACAUGUUUUGAUACAAUAUCUGUCUCUAAAUUUCACUGUAUAGUUUGAAAGUCUUCGGAAUGCAACCUUACCCACAUGGAAAAGCACGGUAUUAUUAGCUAAGAAUAUUAUUCAUGCUCACAAUCUGUUAGAAACUGCAGAAACUUUAUUUUGGAUCCAACAUUUUACAAGAUCAACAUAAUAUAUAAAACCAGAAUAAACAUAGAACUUGAGGUAGUAAGCCCUCCAAAAAUAAAUAUUAGGGGUGUAACGAUUCACCGAUACGAUACGGUAUCCAGAUGGAUUUACAAAGAUGCGACUACAUCGAUACACGGGGCCCUGAAUCUAUUUAAAAUGACCAAGAAUCUGUCGAUGCACCGAUUUAAACAUUGCGAAUCGGUGGAUUGAGCUUUAUCCUGAUAUCAAGACAGCAUUGUCAACUCAUUUCAUUCCGUUUCCAUACGGAUCCGGAAAAUGAGACCGGUUUGAUAAUCAUUUUAGCACCGGAACCGUUUGAAAGGCACCGAGUAGGCACCGGUAUUGGAUAAAACCCAAACGAUACCCAACCCUAAUCAUAGCACAUGUAUCUAGAUACGCAUCGGAUCGUCCUGGGUGCUGAGAGAGAGUCUAUAUAUUGCCUUCAUAAUAAAUGCUGCGCAACAUCCA